AUGUGCAUCUAUGUGUACGGUAGUGAAAUAUUUCCGACAACGAUGCGCAACGUUUGUUUGGGGCUGUGCGCCGUAAUUGCGCGAAUUGGAGGCAUUGUUGCACCAUAUGUCGCUUUACUGGGCUCUAUAAGUCCGUUGCUGCCGAUGAUAUUUUUUGGCGCCGUAUCAGUGGUAGCUGGAGCGCUAACGUUAAUUUUGCCGGAAACAAAGAACUGCUUAUUGCCCUCGUCGCUCAAUGACGCAAAGACAACUGGACAGUAG